AUGCAGAAUAUAAUUUCAGCACAGAAGUGUGACAGGGAUCACAAUACUAAUCACGCAGAUUUUAGUAACAGUAGCCUGGAGGAAGUCCCAGAUUGUGUUUUGAAUCAUUUUAAAUUUCUAAAGUUUCUGUAUUUAAACAACAACGCAUUGAAAACUUUACCGGACUGUUUGUUUCAACGUCUAAACUCCUUAAAAUGGCUCGACGUUAGAAAUAACCAUUUGACAGAACUACCAAGAACUAUUGGAAAUCAUCCGUUUCUGGAAGUUAUUCUUUUACAAGGAAACAUGAUCAGAAAACUACCUUUAGAGUUAGGACUGGUGCCUAAUUUAAGGGGAGUGCAGUUUACAGGAAACCCAAUAGAAUAUCCACCCCAAGAUAUAUUAGACAAGGGAGCUCAGUACAUUCUGAAAUUUCUGAAUGAGGAGUGGAAAAUUCAAUCUGAGUUAGAUAUAAGACCAAUUGUGGAGCCAUUUUACAAGACAGAAGAUGAAAAGGAAGGAACAAACGUGACAUUUCACAGGGCAGAACGACUCAAAUCAAAAUCUGCAUUUUCCUUCAGUGAUCAUUUUAAGCAUUCUGUUCCAAUAACAAGAAGAUUAAAAACAUCUUUACCAUCACUAUCUGUUAUAAGUUACAGUGCAAAGGCAGAGGAUACUACAUUAUUAGUCCCAACAAAUUCACCUACUGGAAAUUCUGGAUAUGAGCGUACAGUCAGUGACUUCAGACAGAGCAGUGAUGCAGGAUCAGCAUGUAAAGUGCCACCAGUUCUUAAGAACAACAAAAGAGGAAACACUGUCACAAGAGCUGAAUGUGAAAAGAAAGUUUAUGAAACUUUGCUGAGGGAUCUCUGGAUAACAAAAAUUAAGUUUAUAUUGGAGAAACAAAAUGAAAUAAUACAGAAAAGAAGAAAUACUGAAUUACUCCAGCAGUGGAGGAAAGAUACAGAAAAACUGAAUCAAAUAAAUAGAAUGCACCUUGAGAAUUUUAAGAAACAUGGACUCAAAAUACCAUUUGAUACAGAUGAAGAUUAUAUGAAGAUACUCUCAAGAUCUGACUUACAAAAUUCACUGUCAAGAGGAAGAGGUAUCAAGUCCUUGACCGUGCACCCAAUGAUAAAGUCUAUCUCCCAAGAAAUGUCAGAAAUCUUGUCAGUACUGGAUGCUGUAGCCAACAAAGACAUCCAUACCUCAUUGGCGCCACACACAGUACAGAAAACUGCUAGUGAUGAAAUACAAAAGUUGCGUCAGCUCAAGAAGAAACUGUGGGCUCUCCGUCUAAAGUCAGCUGAAGACAGAGACUUCUGCACAGAAAGUAAAAGUGCUGCAUUAUCAACUACAAAAAUAUCAAACCUUGAGAAAGAAUGAAAAUAUCACUUCUGGUAAAACUAAAGAACUGCAACUUUCAGUUUUAACCUUUAUGAAAAUUUCUGGAAUGCAUUUCAUUUGUCAGUCAAAUCUAAGAUUAACAGCUAUGCAGAGUCUACAGAAAAAGUAAUUUCUCCAUUGUAUGUGAAUAUAAUAAUUCAUAAUAAUUACUCCCUAUCUUUUCCCACCACUGUAGGUAAAGCUUAAACUGAAGCAUAUAGCUCAUUUAAGA